AUGAGACUGGAUGAGCCGGUAAAGUUUCGACAGUAUUCAGGCUAUUUGGACUCAACCACUGGGCGACACCAAUUUUACUGGUACAUCGAAAGUGAACUGGAUCCUGAAAACGCACCGGUAGUCCUAUGGCUAAAUGGUGGCCCUAUGUGUAGUUCCCUAUUAGGGUUGUUCACAGAGAAUGGACCCUUUAAAGCGGACAGUAAUGGUACAAAACUUACCAUGAACCAAUACUCGUGGAAUAAGGUGGCAAACGUGCUAUACAUGGAAACUCCAGCGGGUGUGGGGUUUAGUUACGAUGAGCACCCUGGUCCCCUCAUAAAUGAUAAUACCUUUACCGCGGUUGCCACUUAUUUUGCCCUGGAAAGUUUUUUCAAUAAAUUUCCCAAGCUUAGAAAAAAUCCAUUUUAUAUAACCGGUGAGAGUUAUGGUGGCGUUUAUGUGCCCAUGCUAGCCAACGAGAUAUAUGUUCAAAAAUCGACUAUAAAUCUACAAGGUAUUGCUAUUGGCAACGGCAAAUUUGAUUGGACUACAGCUGACGUUUCACAAGUACCCACAUUAUCGCAAUAUGACUUUGCCCUUGGUCAUGGCUUAAUAAGUUCACAUUAUUAUCAAAGUAAACUAGAAAGCUGUUGUAGUAAUGACCUGGCUAAAAGGUUCAGAUGCGAUUUUAUGAACCCGAUUAAUAAAACAAAAUGUGACUCGGUUAAAAAGGAGCCUGUUGCUAUCAUCAACUUAUACAACAUAUACGACAAUUGCCCACUGGAUAGAGACCCAGUGAAUAAUUCACAAUCAUUUGCCGCGUAUAACACAUACAACCCUAAUAAUAAAUUAAUUAAGCAAGCAGAAUAUACGGAAAGACCCUCGUAUUGUCCCCACUCGGGUCACAAAGAGUAUAUGAAUCGUGUGGACGUACGUAAAGCACUGCACGUACUUAAUGACGCCCCCGAGUGGUCGGAAUAUGUGGGACACCAGGGAUAUAACAUUGAGCUCCGGAACGGGAGCCAGACUUUCGUAGACUUAAUAGAAAAGUACAGAAUCGCGAAAAUACUCGUAUAUAACGGAGACUUCGAUAGUGUUUGCGAUUUCAUAACCGAUGGCCGGUUUGUCGAGGGACUGGGAUAUGAACCCACAGAUGAGUAUAGACCCUGGACAGUUGAUGGUAAGCCUGAUGGGGUGGAGGGCGGUUUUAUACAGCAUUAUGAGAAAGGUCUCAGUUUUUUGACAGUCAGAGGUGCCGGACAUGCCGUCCCUAAAGACAAACCUGAGGCCGCACUCCAUAUAUUGAAAGCGUUGGUUGGGUUCACAAAGUUGUAG